AUGUCAUUAAGUAACCCCCUGCACAUACCUGACAACGCGUGGUCGACGGAUAGAAUCACGCUGUCCUCGGAGGAGUACCUGUACUAUGUGAAUCUGUUUAACUUGAACGACAAAUUCGAUAGCCAUUUUAUCGACAAUAAGACGGCGUCCUCCUUCCUGCAGAAUUCAGGCCUGUCCAUUUCGGUCCUUCACGCGAUAUGGGAGUACAGCGACGUAGAGAACAAGGGAUACCUAACUCUGGAGGACUUUUUCAUUUGCUGCCGACUACCUCCUUGUCUACCCAGUUUCGACAUCAUACGACAUAAGUCCUUCUCUGACAUCUCCAACAUGGAGGGGAAUGUCGAGUGGAAGAUAAAUGCCCGAGAAAGGGAAGACUAUCGCAGGAUAUUUAAGACACUGGACAUGAACAACGAGGAGAAAAUCGAAGGGAGUGUCAUUCGAGAGUACUACCUCAACACGUCUAAUCUCUCGAUUUGUGAACUUAUGCAGAUAUGGAGUGUGUCCGAUAUGGAUAAUGAUGGUUUUUUAAAUUUUGAGCAAUUUUGUGUUAUGAAUAAGAUGGUCGAAGUGAGAAAGGAGAAGGAGAUUAACAUCCCUUUGUCUAUCCCUGCGGAUCUGCUGAACUCGAUAAAGGCAGACCGGCAGGUGGUGAUGGAUGACGACGUGACCUUCCGCAAAGUCGAGGACAAGGACAAGCGAGACAGCUUCAAGCUCUCCUUCGGGGAUCUGCUCAAAACGGAAAAUGAGAAGAAGAAGGAAAAGGGAGGCUUAGAGAAGGGUGCUUCAGCAAAAGGUACCUCAACAAAAGGUGGAAGUCACGAAGAUAAUGAUAAACUAAACAUGGAAUUUGAUUUUUUUGAAUUUAAACAUGAAGAGAAAUCUGACGUGGAUAGCUCCGAGAAGGAGAAAAGGAAGAGGAAGAAGAAGAAGGAGAAGGAGAGAGAGCGAGAGAGGGGUAUUUUCUCCGAGCAUAGCGAGAAGAAGGCUCUCUUCAGGAAGGACUUCGAAAGCUAUAGCAGAUUGGACAAGGAGGAUGACGAAGAUGAGGAUGACUUGGAUGGAGAGGGUGAUGAGGAUAUCGAGGAGGAAUCAGAACGAAGGAAUUCGAAAGGGAAGAAAAAGGCGGGCAGGAAGGAGGCCCGAAGUUACGACGACCUCAGCACAGAGGAAAAGUGGAGCGAGGAGGAUAGCAAAAGGGGAAAGGAAAAAAGGAAGGAUGGAGAUGAAGAGGAGGAAGAGGUGGAAGGAGGCGCCAAAAGGAGAAGCAAAAAGAAGAAAAAGGAAAGGUCCGAUCGGGAUCGAGAUAGGGAUUUGGGCCGGGAUCUAGAGCGGGACAGGUCGGGCAAAGCGAAGGAGAAGCAAAAGGAUCGACAAAGAAGAGGUCACGAGAAGAGCCCAGGGCAAAAGAAGCUAGAGUUGGAGAAGUUCACCCCGGAGGAGGCAGCAUCUCGAGCAGGAGACACGGGAAGAGGCUCCGAAAAGGGGAGAAACGCAACCUGGGCAGGCGGAGCGAAUAGCGCGAACCGAGAUACAAAGAGCGGGAGUAGAGAUAUGAAAAACGGGAGCAGAGAUGCAAAAAGCGGGAGCAGAGAUGCGAAAAGCGGGAGCAGAGAUACAAAGAGCUGGAGCAGAGAUACGAAAAGCGGAAACGGAAAAGAAAACGAAGAAGAAAAAAAAUACGACGAAGAAAAAAAAAAUGAUGAAAAAAAAAAAACGAUGAAGAAAAAAAAAACGAUGAAGAAAAAAAAAAGAAAACAUCGCAAAGCGAAAGAUAUUUCACCAAACUUAUCGAUUUCAAUUAUUCUGAUCUGA